ACCUGUACAUGUUCCGGAACAACAACCCUGUCAGCAAAGUUCACGAGGUCAAGGAGUACGUCACAGAUGUCAAUAUCUGGCUGGUGACGUUUGGGUUCCACCUUCACAACGCCAUCCCCGGGUUCCCCAUCCCCAAGUUCGACCUCACACAGCCGUCCCUGGAGAUGAAGAAGAGCCAGCUCUGGGACGACCUGCCGUCCAUCUCGGGGGUGCAACAGGAAGUGACCCGGCAAGCCAAGGCUUUCCUGUCCUUCGAGAGGAUGCCGGAGAUCCAGCUGAGCCGCCGGCACUCCAACCGGGAGAAACCCUGGCUGUGGUUCGCCACCGCCAAGUCGCUGAUCGGUAAGGGUGUUAUGUUGGCGGUGACGCAGGGCCGUGUGGUCACCAACRCUCUGAAUAUCGCCAACGAGGACUGCAUCAAGGUCGCCGCCGUCCUCAACAAUGCGUUCUACCUGGAGGACCUACACUUCACGGUGGAGGGACGCGACACGCACUACUUCAUCAAGACCAGCCUACCGGAGAGCGACCUGGGAGCGCUGAGGCUGACAAGCGGGAGGAAGUCGCUGGAGAACGGAGUCAACGUGACUGUGUCUCAGUCCACCACCGUGGUGAACGGCAGAACUCGGCGCUUCGCGACGUGGAGCUGCAGUACGGCGCUCUAGCGCUCCACGUGCGCUACGGCAUGACUCUGGACGAGGAGAAGGCGCGUGUGCUGGAGCAGGCCAGGCAGAAGGCGUUGUCGAGUGCUUGGUCCAGGGAGCAACAACGGGUGAGGGAGGGGGAGGAGGAGUGAGGUGUGGACGGAGGGGAGAAAGAGGCAGCUGCUGAGCGGAGGGAAGGUG